UCCCGCUAAUUUCUCGCCUAUGCAAAGAACGGGUUGAUUUCUUUGUUUUUCCCCAAACGUCACAAGCAAUACUUACUCAACCUGAUCGUCUCCUCCUCUUACACUGCCACAACCACCAUGAGCACCGCAGCCAUGGCCGCGGCCUCCAUGUCCUCAGCUGAAAUCCUCCGACGCACCACCUCCUUCCUCUCUAGAGUCCUGGCACAGCCUGAUGUCCGACACCGCCUCCUAUCCACCUUCUGCCGCAGAAUCUGGCCCGCCGACCAAGACCUUCUCAAGGCAUUUAAAAUUGCUGCUGAAACUCUAGAGAACGCCGCCUCCACCUCCAACCCCUCUGUUGGGUCCUCCUCCCUCCGCCUCGCCGAGAAGCUCCUCCUCUCUAAGUCCACGAAGUGCACCUCCUUGUCGUUCCUCCUGUCCCUCAUCUACUCCCUAUGCCACCAACCCAUCAAUGCAGCCUUAAGCCUUCUGGACAUAUUCUCCCAGGACCCGUCGCUGGCCCGGUCAGAGGUUGCACCCAGUCUCUUCGAGGAGCUCUUUUUGGUCCACUUAAUCCCGGUUUUACAAUGGUUCAGUGAUGAAAGAUCGAGGAUUUUCUCCUCCUCCGUUCCAUCACCAAGCAUCACUGAUGCAAAUGGCGAAUUUUCUUGCGACUUCUCAGUGGUUGUCCCGAGUGAAAAGCUCCUGUCAAGCAUGAGCGGGGACCAAGCUGCAAAGUUGAAGGAGCUGGAGGGGAACUACGAGGAGGCGAUCAAUGAGAACUGUCGGGUUUUGUCUGAAUACUUCAAGGAGGUGCUGAGGGAUAAAGAUGGAGGCAGAGGACUGAAGCAUAAUCCACCUUCUGCGAUUUUGGAGAAGAAGCAAAACAAUGACGGGCCGUUUGGUUCGCAAUCUGGAAAUGUUAACGGAAACGGAAACGGAAGAGCUAUGGAAAAAAGCAGAACAGAGGAGCUCCGGAUAAAAAAUGGACGGUAUAAUCCAAUAUGGGCUGAAGCUGAAAGAUCGGCUGAAUACACAACCAACAGGUCCUCUCUCCCAUCUUAUCCUCAAAGGGUCUCCCCCAAACUCCUCAGGAAGCAAAGAUCUUCGAGCUUCAGUUCUGAGCUUGAGUCUCCGUCCUCAGAAGAAGAAGAUAGUUCUGCCAAAUGUUGCAGCAUUAGUACUUCAUCCGAAUCUGACCCCGAAGCAGAACCGGAGAGUAAGGAAAAGAACAGGAAAAUGGCAUCAUAUCAUAAACAAAAGCAGCCCAUUCCUGGGGAAUCGAGUCGCAGCACAACACCAGACCGUGCCAUGUCAGACCCUGGAAAGUGCACCCCGCCAAAGGACUUUGUGUGUCCCAUAACGAGCAACCUUUUUGAUGACCCAGUGACCCUUGAGACUGGUCAGACGUAUGAACGGAGGGCCAUCAAGGAAUGGCUCGAGAGAGGGAACUCCACUUGCCCGAUAACCAGGCAGAAGCUCCAUAGCACCCAACUCCCUAGGACGAACUAUGUCCUCAAGCGGCUAAUCGGCAGUUGGCAAGAAAAGAACCCGGGGGUGGUGAAAGCCCAUAACCCACAAGAGCCUGAGGCCGAGCCUGAGCCUGAGAUCCAGCUCAAAUCCUCAAGUCCAAUGCCACCUUCAACCUCCCCAACAAGUGUGAUCUCAAUCCUUGAUAGGACCAUGGCCCAGCUCCGCCACACGAUCACGAAGCUUUGUAUGUCAGAGAUAUUGCAAGAAUCCGAAAUGGCAGUUCUCAAGAUCGAGAGGUUCUGGAGAGAUGUGAAUAUGGAGGAGUCUGACAUGAUGAGCAUGUUGUCGAAACCACCAGUCAUCAAUGGGUUUGUGGAGAUCCUAUUCAACUCGGUGGACCCAAAGGUUCUAGGAGCGGCAGUAUUUCUCCUGUGUGAGCUUGGGUGGAGGGAUGAGGCGGUGGUCAACACUUUGACUCAAGUUGACUCCGACGUGGACUGCAUCAUCGCGCUUUUCAAGAAAGGACUGAUCGAGGCAGUCGUGUUAAUUUACCUCUUAAGGCCUCCAGCGAUCAACCUAGUUGAAAUGGAGAUAUUAGACUCGCUUGUAGAAGUCAUAAUGAGAAGAAAUGGCGAAGAAGAUUCGGUAGCAAUGUGUGUAGACCCAAAGACAGCUUCAGUUCUCUUGCUAGACCAGAUUCUAGCGACCUGUGUAGAGGAAGGGGCAGCAUCUUUGGUAGCAAGUAAGGUCGUGAAUGAAAAGGUGAUUGAGAGUGUGAUGAUUAGUUUAGAGGCAGAGUGGGUAGAAGAAAGGAUUGCUGCUGUUGGAAUCCUGUCAAGAUGCAUUCAGGAGGAUGGUAAGUGCCGGAACUUGAUAGCCAAUAAGGUCGAGCUGGCUCCGGUUCUCGAGAGCUUCAUCGGAGCAAACGAUGCAGAGAGGUUCGAGAUCAUCCAGUUCCUCUCAGAGCUCAUAAAAUUGAACAGAAGGUCAUUUAACUCGCAGGUUCUUCACAUCAUAAAGGAAGAAGGGCCCUUUAGUACAAUGCACACUCUCUUGAAUUAUCUCCAAACCGCUUCAGUCGAGCACUCUCCCAUUGUGGCCGGUUUACUUCUGCAGCUUGAUCUGCUUGCGGAGCCGAGAAAGAUGAGCAUUUUCAGGGAAGAGGCGAUUGACGCUCUCAUCUCAUGCCUGAGGAACACUGAUUUCCCAUCCGCACAAGUAGCUGCUGCAGAGACAAUUGCGUCCUUGCUGGGGAGGUUCUCCAUCUCUGGCAAGCCUCUUAUUCGAGCUUUUCUUCUGAAACGAGCGGGGCUUGACAAGAAGUACCGGGCUAUUAUGAGACAAGAGAAGCUGGGGAGUACCUCUGUUGAUAUUGAUGAAUCCUCACAGGAGGAGCAAAAAGCUGCUGAUGAUUGGGAAACGAAGAUGGCAUACGCUUUAGUGAGCCAUGAGUUUGGUCUCCUCUUCGAGGCCCUAGCAGAAGGCUUAAAGAGCCAAUAUGCUGAGUUAUGUUCAGAUUGUUUCUUAUCAGCCACUUGGCUCAUCCACAAGCUAAUGGUUCUCCCUCACACUGGAGUCCGAGGAGCAGCCCGAGUCUGCCUCCUCAAGCGGCUUGUAUCGAUAUUCAAAUUCGCGAAGGACAUCGAAGACAGAGUCCUGGCAAUGCUUGCUUUGAGCAGCUUCAUACGAGAUCCUGAGGGGCUGCGAGAUCUCAGUUCCCACAUAAAGGAUGUGUUGAAAGGCCUGAGAGAGCUCAAGAGAUACUCUCCACUGGCUGUCGAGCUGCUGAAAAUUCUCUCCGAAGGAAAUGAAUCGAGCGCUGACUUGUGGAAUCACAAAGAACUCGUUCAAGUCGACUGCAGUUCUAACGGGGAAGUUACGUCGAUAGUUUGCUUCAAGGACAAGCUAUUUUCAGGCCAUUCUGAUGGCACUAUUAAGGUGUGGACGGGGAGAGGAAGCAUGCUUCAUCUAAUCCAAGAAGUUCGGGAGCACACGAAGGCAGUCACCAGCCUCGCACUCUUACCAUCCGGGGAAAGACUAUAUAGCGGGUCACUGGACAGAACAACCAAGGUGUGGUCAAUCGGGAAUGAGGCGAUACAUUGCGUGCAAGUGCACGAUAUGAAGGACCAGGUCCAUAAUUUAGUUGUGGCUAAUAGCAUCGCGUGUUUCAUUCCACAAGGAGCUGGUGUUAAGGUUCAUUCAUGGAAUGGAACCUCAAAGCUCUUAAACCCGAACAAAUACGUCAAGUGCUUAUCUCUCAUGCAAGGGAAACUCUACUGUGGAUGCCGCGAUAAUAGCAUUCAAGAAAUAGAUUUGGCUACCGGAACUAUCAGCAACAUUCAGAGUGGUAACCGGAAGUUACUCGGGAAAUCAAAUCCUGUGCAGGCAAUACAACUCCAGGGCGGGUUGUUAUACACAGCAAGCUCCCCUUUAGAUGGUGCAGCUGUCAAGAUAUGGAGUGCUUCAAACUACGAUCUCAUGGGAUCAGUUCCGUCGACAUCCGAAAUUAGAUCAAUGGCAGUGAGCUCAGAGCUAAUAUAUUUGGGCUGCAAAGGUGGAUUCGUGGAAGUCUGGUGCAAGCAGAAGCAAAACAGGGUAGAAACACUGCAAGUUGGAAGUAGUGCUAAGGUACUCUCAAUGGCUCUUGAUGCAGAAGAAGAAUUUCUAGUGGUCGGUACUUCCGAUGGUCGGAUUCAGGCGUGGCAAUUGAGCUGAGGCGAGUCCAAUAAGUGGUUACGAAUCAUAUAAAAUGCAGUUUUGCAAAUACACACGACAGCUUAUACAAGCUAAGAAAUUCUUUUCUCUGGGUUAAUGAAUCCUCUUGGAAACAAUACGUGUUAAGCAGAUUCUUUGUAUAACUGUACAUAGGAUACUUACAAUAACUCUUUGCUUUCUCCCAACUUUUUCAUAUGCACCAACUGAUAAUAGAAAUCUAUAUUUGGCGAUU